AGAUUCCAUGUGUAGCAACAUUAAGAUGGGAGUUCUUUGACCCAAUCUCUCGCCACAAAUAUUGUCAGUGGGACCUCAGCCGAGACAUAUUAACUUUGUUCUUGCGUCAGAGGAGACAUGGGCAGUCGAGCUCGCUUGGUUGUCAGCCUUCCCUUUUUGGAGGGACGACUGGGCUCGGCCGCUUGCCGAAUAGGCGCCAUCUCGCCAUGCUCUGGAACGAAGUUGCCCUCGGUGCCAGCAUCAAUUCAUCAGCCUCUGCGCUGCAUGUUGAACUAUUCAAUCUACGAAUUUCUCAUCAACGCUGGAGAUGCUGUCUUCCACCCAUGCGGCCACAAUUGAUCGCAUA